AACAUAAGACAAAACCAGGAAGUGGAGAAUGGUGAAAUAUGCACUCCACUGAGACUGGCUCAGCAGGACAUGGAAGAAAACACAGGCUGACAAGCCAUCUAUAGAUAUUGGAACAGACUCUCAAAACACACUCCCACCAGAAGAGCCAAUUGCAAGAGAAUCUCCUGUUAUCAUAAGAGAAACUCUCACUCCCUCCAGCAUCCAACCACCUGCAAGGUAGAUGCAAAACUUUGUAUAAUACUAAGGCAGGAAAGAACAACCAUCUGAAACCCUGAGGAAAAUAUUUUAGUUGCAAAAAAGUUAAGAGUUAGAAUACAGCAUGUUCAAUGCAAGUGUGAUCCUCAUGCGACGCAUCCACACCAGGAACUCGAAGUGCUCUAUAUUAAGUAAACGUCACACUGCCCUGUGCUGUAGCCCCCUGUGUCGUUCGUGAGCGAGCAUUUAAGAUGUCACUGAGCAGUGAAAGAAGAGUAAAUACUUCGACGCUGAAGAAAAUUGCUGCAGACAUGAGCAAUUUAAUAGAGAACCUGGACACCAGGGAGCUCCACUUUGAAGGGGAAGAGGUGGAUGCUGACAUAUUAAAUGAUCCAAAAACAACUGUGGGCAUCCCAUUCUCUGCAAUUUAUAACACUCAAGGGUUCAAAGAGCCUCAUAUACAGACAUAUCUAACCGGAUGUCCGAUUAAAGUCCGAGUUCUGGAAGUAGAACGCUUUACCUCAACGAAAAAGGUACCAAGUCCAAAUGUUUACACUAUUGAGUUCACACAUGGGGAUUUUACAUGGCAAGUGAAAAGGAAAUUCAAGAACUUUCAAGAAUUUCACAGGGAACUGCUGAGAUACAAAGCCUUCAUACGAAUUCCUAUCCCUACAAGGAGUCACACAGUUAGAAGACAAACUGUCAAAAGGGGAGAAGCGAGGCAGAUGCCAAGUCUGCCACGCACAUCUGAGAACAUGGUCCGAGAAGAACAUUUUUCUAGUAGAAGAAAACAACUGGAAGACUACUUGACAAAAAUCUUAAAAAUGCCCAUGUACAGGACCUACCAUGGAACGAUGGAAUUCAUUGGUGUAAGUCAGCUGUCAUUUAUCCAUGAUCUAGGACCAAAGGGCAUAGAAGGUAUGAUCAUGAAAAGAUCUGGGGGCCACAGAAUACCCGGUCUGAACUGCUGUGGGCAAGGAAGGGUCUGCUAUCGAUGGUCCAAAAGGUGGUUAGUAGUGAAAGACUCUUUCCUAAUGUACAUGAAGAUGGAUAGCGGAGCCAUUUCCUUUGUCCUGCUGGUAGAUAAAGAAUUUAGCAUUAAAAUUGGCAAGAAAGAGACUGAAACAGAAUAUGGGUUGCGGAUUGACAAUCUUUCCAGGUCAUUGAUUUUGAAGUGUAACAGCUACCGACAUGCCCGGUGGUGGGGACAGGGAAUAGAAGAGUUCAUUCAGAAAAAUGGCAAAAACUUCCUAACACAUCACAGAUUCGGGUCAUAUGCAGCUAUACAGCAGAAUACGUUGGCAAAGUGGUAUGUAAAUGCAAAAGGGUAUUUUGAAGAUGUAGCAAAUGCCAUGGAGGCAGCGAAAGAAGAAAUUUUCAUCACAGAUUGGUGGCUGAGCCCAGAAAUCUUUAUGAAGCGACCUGUGGUAGAAGGAAAUCGCUGGAGACUAGACUGCAUUCUCAAGAGGAAAGCGCAACAAGGAGUGAGAAUUUUUGUAAUGCUCUACAAAGAGGUGGAACUUGCUCUAGGAAUCAACAGUGAAUACAGCAAGCGGACCCUAAUGCGCCUACAUCCGAACAUCAAGGUGAUGAGGCAUCCAGAUCACGUGUCAUCCUCAGUGUACCUGUGGGCCCAUCAUGAGAAGCUCGUUGUCAUUGACCAGUCUGUAGCAUUUGUUGGUGGUAUCGACUUGGCCUACGGGAGGUGGGAUGAUGAUGAACACAGGCUGACCGACGUUGGCAGUGUGAAACGAAUUGCAGGACCGAAGUCCACAUCUACAGUGAAUCUCAUACCUACAGCUGAGUCCACUGAAGCUUUAGCCCUGAAAACUCAGCCCCUGGGGAACCUGCCACAGCACAGAAAUAGCGAUGACAUACUCGAUUCUUCAAGAAUGAAAGGAAUAGGAAAACCCAAAAAGUUUUCCCGGUUCAGCCUUUAUAUGCAUCUCCAGAAGCACGGCCUACACCAUGCUGAUAGUGUGAGCAGUUUAGACAGUCAGUCAGAUAAAGGAUCAAUCCGCAGCUUGAAGACAGGUGUUGGAGAACUUCUUGGGGAGACCAGGUUCUGGCAUGGAAAGGAUUAUUGCAAUUUUGUCUUUAAAGACUGGGUUCAACUCGACAAACCCUUUGCUGAUUUCAUUGACAGAUACACCACACCCAGAAUGCCAUGGCAUGAUAUUUCAUCUGUUGUUCAUGGCAAAGCUGCACGGGAUGUUGCUCGACACUUUAUUCAGCGCUGGAACUUCACAAAGAUCAUGAAGCCCAAAUACAGAUCCCUGUCCUACCCAUUCCUGUUGCCAAAAUCUCAGCGAACCGCUAGUGAGAUGAAGUAUCAAGUGCCCGAGUCUGUAUGUGCCAAAGUACAGGUGCUCCGUUCUGCUGCAGAUUGGUCAGCUGGUAUCAAGUACCAUGAAGAAUCCAUCCACAAUGCUUAUGUUAGCGUGAUAGAAAACAGCAAACACUACAUCUAUAUCGAAAACCAAUUUUUUAUUAGCUGUGCUGAUGACAGAGUCAUUUCUAACAAGAUUGGAGAUACCAUCGCUCGGAGGAUUCUUAAAGCACACAGGGAAAAAAAACGAUACCGAGUGUAUGUGGUAAUCCCGCUGUUGCCUGGAUUUGAAGGAGAUAUUUCAACUGGAGGUGGGAAUGCACUGCAGGCCAUAAUGCACUUCAACUACAGGACCAUGUGCAGAGGAGAUAAUUCUAUCCUGGGACAGUUGAAAGCAGAGAUUGGAGAUCAGUGGAUAAACUACAUAUCGUUCUGUGGGCUUCGAACAUAUGCUGAGCUGGAUGGAAAUCUCGUCACUGAACUCAUCUACGUUCACAGCAAAUUGCUUAUAGCUGAUGACAACACUGUCAUCAUUGGCUCUGCUAACAUCAAUGACCGCAGCAUGCUGGGAAAACGUGACAGUGAAAUGGCUAUCAUUGUACAAGAUACCGAAACCGUCCCUUCAGUGAUGGAUGGAAAGGACUACAAAGCUGGACAAUUUGCUCAGUCUCUCCGCCUCCGGUGUUUUAGGGUUAUUCUUGGUUGUUCAGCAGACCUCAAUGCUGAUCUCCAGGAUCCAGUCUCUGACAGAUUCUUCAAGGAGGUGUGGGUUUCAACAGCUGCCCGCAAUGCCACUAUUUUUGACAAGGUGUUCCGAUGCCUUCCCAAUGAUGAGGUGACUAAUUUAGCCCAGCUGCGUGACUUCAUCGCCAAGUCAAAAUUGGUAACCCAAGAUGCUGCAAAAGCAGCAGAAGAAUUAAAGAAGAUUCAUGGAUUUCUAGUGCAAUUCCCCUUUCGUUUCCUGGAUGAAGAAAACUUGCUGCCUUCUGUUGGAACAAAAGAAUCCAUGGUGCCCAUGGAAGUUUGGACUUAGGGCGAUUCAGACUGCUUUAGAAUUUAAAGUCUGGCUCCUUGGAGACAAGUUUGCAUACCUGAUGAUUUCAGGAAGCUUUGUAUUGCCAAGGUAGCCACUGAAAGGUCUCCAUCAAACUAAUGUGCCUUUCUUAAGGGUUUUGGUGGAACAGCUUCAGACAAAAUAACUGUUAUGGGGAGGGAAAGAAAAUUUGGCACUUAUGAUCAUUGACAAGCUCUAUUAAUUGAAAAGGACAAUACUUCUUUACAGAGAUAUUCUAAGCACCGUAAAGAUGCAGGCCACUCCUAUGAAGGGAGAGAAAUCAUAAUGUAUAUUACUAUUGCCAGCAUGAUCACAUGUGUAUAGUGAUUGUGAUACCCAGGGAUUGAAGGCUGAUUGUGCUUUCUAAAUCUUUGUGUGCUCACAGUUAUUACCUAGCUGGAGUUAUGCUCUUCAUCAUCUCUGUUUUGUAUUCCCUCAAGUAUUUCCCCACUGCUUAUACCUCCAUAAUGGUUGGGAAAUGUUACCUGAGGCCAACUCAGGUGUUCCUAUGAUCAUUGCCUAUCGCGCUUAGAUGUUACAUUGCGUAUACGGCAAAGGGCUAACUCUCUUGUGUCAAAAGAAAAGGAGUAUUUGUGGCACCUUAGAGACUAACAAAUUUAUUUGAGCAUGCAUCCGAUGAAGUGAGCUGUAGCUCAUGAAAGCCUAUGCUCAAAUAAAUUUGUUCGUCUCUAAGGUGCCACAAGUACUCCUUUUCUUUUGAGGAUACAGACUAACACGGCUGCUACUCUGAACUCUUAUGUCAAAAUCAGUGGUGCUGUCUCUUCACCUUGCCCCAGGGGAAAACACUGUUUUGGUUUUUUUUACUACAACUAUAGCAAUCAACAUUCCUCAUGCACAGCAUUACACUGUAGGUCUCAGUGAUGGGCAAUCCCUAAUGGAGAUUGAGGUGAUGGGAAUCUCUUGAAUUCUGUUUUUUCAGGGUUUGCAGAACUUGUUUGAGUUCAGCUACCCUUUCUCUUACAAUCUAAAUUUUUUAUAAUUUUUUCCCCAAGGGAGAAUCAACUUUUUAACCCUACAUUUUUCUAGCUAAAGGAAAGCCUGCUGCUAGGUAUUAGGGAGAAGAGAACCCCAAAAGCUAGGCUGGCAAAACUGGGUCCUCUGUUUUGGAUCACAGUGCUGUGUGUAUACACUGCCUUAAAUACUCCCUUGCAUUUUUUUCCUCUGUUUCACCUGUAAGGAAAAAGAACCCAGUAACAGUUGAGUAAGAGUUGAAAUUUUGAGCUGAUGAUGUUCAAGGUUGAUCAAAGUCACUCAUAUUGAGUUCGAUCACGCUCCAGAGGCUAGUGAGGAGAUGGCACUGAACUAGUCUCUGUGGCCAGCUCCUGUAAUGGAAAGACUUGGUUUUGAACAGUCUCUGCAAUGCAGAAAUAUGACUCCAUGUCAUCUCAAGGACUGAUAAAUUCACUCAACAUGGUCAAUCUUUUUGCUUUCCAUUUACUAAUGCGAGCAGCACAGUUAAUAAGAAACUCAUAACAAUGGGUUCCUGUCUAGAUAGAGUGAGAAGCUGAAAGUCCCAUCUCUGAAUGCAGAAUGUUAACUGAUUCAGUGGGAGUGCCAUUCACCAAGCAAGGGCCAAAUGUGGCCCUUUAUCUGUGGUCCAGUAAAAGCCUUUACCAUACCUUAUCUGUAAGGCUUACAAACUUUCAUUGCGAUGUAUCUCUUUGCUAAAAAAUUCCAAUGAUUAUAAGUAAGUUUGACCUUCAAAAAAAAAAAAGACGUUUGACAAGCUUCCAAUAUGCUUAACGUUCAUUAUUUUAUUAAAAAAAUCAUGACUCACUUUUGAAAGAUAUGCCCAAAACACAGUUGGCACAUAUCUUACAGUUAAGCUGAUUGGUAUAUAUAUUUUAAGAAAUGUAAUUAGGCAUAGAGUCAUUUUUCCAAUGCUACAUCACGUUAAUAAGUAACAAACACUAACAUUCCUCCAGGGCAGCCCAAGUCCUAGCUAGUUGCUAUGUUUUGUGUUGCUUCAUGCUCAUAUUUUAUAGAUGCAAUUAAUUAGUGAUAUGGACAGGAGUCACAACCAUUCCUUAUACUUGGUGAAUCAGUGGUCUAUUUAAUCUGUCAAUAGUGCAUGCACAGCUUUUAUGAAGUAAACUGCAGUGUGUUUAUCGGUACUGUGAUUUCGUGUAGUGCACUGUAGAUAACUACGUUCCCUCAAGAUUUAUUGGGCAUUGUUAUUUAAAAUCAUAUUUGUUGUUUAAAAUGAGACACAGGGCUUACCUGCCAGCUCCUGUGCUAGAGAAAUAUGCUAUCAGGUAACCACUGCAAAGCCAGGAAACUACAUCAUCAAAAUACUUUUGCUUUUAACACUAGCCCAAGGCUUUUAAUUUCACGCUAAAAACUGUUGGCCAUUUUGGUUUGAACAAAACUGCUAAUAUGAAAUGAUUAUAUCCUGCCACAUAUUACCAUUAAACCACACAAGUAUAGAUUCAUAGUUGAAAGAGGCCCAAACCAGAACAGCAUAUUCAUUCACACCAGACCUACAACCAAACCUAAAGAAGCAUAUAAUGCUCCUAUCAUCUGUCUGUCUAGAUGCUCAUAUGGCUCCUAUCACCAUAGUACCUGAGCAUCUCAUGAUACUCAUUGAAUCCUUACAGCACCUCUUUGAAGUGGUAUUGAAACUUUGUGGCUUCAUAGGUAACGUGACCCAGCUUCUUGUAUCCCAGGUUGUCUUUCCAAAACUGCAAUGCAACCAACAUGCAAAACCCAAACCAUGAGGCGUUUGCCCAUUUCAGAUGAUGUUAGAGGUCUGAUGUCAACCCAUACAGCCCAGGAAUUUUGAAUUAGUAUUGAAACACCAUUCUUAAUCCAUCCCCUUUGUACCAUACAUUGGCUUUGCAGCAUUUGCGGCAUAUAAAAUACCUCAUAAUUUGAAGAUCUUGCCACCAGCUGAAAACAGAGGAUGGAUUCACCCUUGUGCAUAGAGUUAGCACAGGAGCUAUGCAGCACUUUAGAUAAGGCUUAAAUAGAAUAAAAGUAACUUAUAGGCAUUGUGUUGGUUCUCUGCACAGGAGUGAAUUCUGCUCAAUGUGAAAGGAUAGGUUAAGAAAUUCUUUAUUUUGAAUUUCCCUGAUUUUGUUGGUUGCCAGACUCUUGACAUUAACUGAACACCUGUAUUUUAUUUUUCUUUAUGGAUGGAGGGAAAAGAAAGAAAUAUUAAGAAGAAGAAGAAGAAAGCCAAGACAAAACUUUGCCAUUCCUCAUACUUUGGGGAAUUGAUGCAUCUUGAAAUUCAGUAUUUUUCAAAUGUUGCCAAGAUUCUGGAAUCCUCUUACACUUGUAGGCCCCGACUCUGUAAGCUGUUCAGUAUGGAUGGGCACCUACAUCCAUGAAUAGUUCCACUGACUUCAAUGAAGCUUCACACUACGAGGCCAGGGUUCACACAUUCAGAACAACUUGCAGUAUCAAGGUACAUUACAGUACACAGGCCUAGAAGUAUUCACAAAAGGAAGUAUUCUGCUCUGUAGAAUUUACAGUGCAAUAUUUGCCCUCACAUCAUUCUUCAUGCAUAUUCACAGCAGUUAGUGUCUUUUCUGAAUGUCUGUUAAUUAGACUUUUCUUUCACAUGCUAUGAAGCCACAGCAGGGGUGAUGUUUAACACCUCGUCGCUGCACAUAAACAGUCACCACUCUUUAAUUCUUAAUACCCUGGCGGUUUUACUUUGAAUACCCAAAGCAAAUCAUGACGUAAUCAUUUGCAAAUAUACGGUACUGUAAGCAGUGAUGCUGUUUGUUGUGAUAGUAGUUCCUGAAAUAUGUAAACUGUUUUUGUGGCUUUUAUUUUUAAAAGAUUGUAGGAAAAGAGGAAAAAAAUCUCUUCCAGACUCAGAUUUUAUAUUUCAUGAUUCAACCUGGAUGGAAGAUUUAUGGUGGAUAUUCCUAAGCAGGUGCCAGUACGAGAAUUCAACAACUUCUUACCAUGUCUGUAUAUAUUUUUAAAUAACGGGAUAUUUUAAUAUAUGUUUUGUUGUAUAGAUGCAGGAUUGGACUUACUUUUUAGCAUAGAAAAUUAUGCAUCGUAAAAAAACCCAUGAAAAAUAAGAUUUCAUAAUCUAAGCACUUCAUUAUUAAAAUAAUGUGUACCAAAAAAGCCACCCAUUGCUAUGCAGGAGAUCCCCGGCCUUUGGCUCAGCUUCUGGGCUUGUACUCCCCAAACCAGCUGAUGCUGAGAGUGCUCAAGGGCAGCACACUUAAGGUAUGUCUACCUACAUUGCAGCUGGGAGCAAAUCUCCCAGCCCUGCAUACCGACUCAUGCUAGUAGGUUCAAACUAAGCUGUGGACGUUGCAGCUCAGGAUGAAGAUUGGGUCCUCAAGUCCCCCUAGGCUUGACAGCCCAUGCCACAAAGUUCAUGCUGCUAUUUUUAGCAUGCUAGCUCAAGCCCUGCUAGCAUGAGUCUGUCUACCCAGGUUGGGAGGUUAGUUUGUAGCUGCAACAUCGACAAACCCCAAAGGUCUGAUCCUGUUUUCAAUGAAAGAGGCUUGCCGUUGGCUGACAUGACAACAGGAUCAGUCCCAAGGAAAGGAAGUGCCUUUUGUCACUCCAUGUCCUCUCUGGCCUUUUAGCAAGCAGCACAGACAGACUUGGAAGGGAGUCCAGCAACACUAAGUCUUAGCUUAAGCCAGGUCUACACUAAAAACUUUUGCCCAUACAAUAAUGUUGAUUAGGGGUGUAAUUUUUUUUAAAUGACAUUUUUAUACCAGCAAAAGCCCCAGUAUAGAUGCUGGUAAACCAGCAAAAGCAUAUUUUUUGCCGGUAGAAGCUGUGCCUACACUAGGAGAGUGUGUUAGUAUAGCUAUACAGGCAUAACUAUGCCAGCAAACCUUCUCUAGUGUAGACUCAACCUCAGAAGCAUGGUGGCCAGGGAAGCAAGAUGAAAUGUAAGAGCAAUUAGAAAUGUGAGGGAUUCAUAAGCUAUAACAGGAAUUCGGAUAAGCUCUGGGGACCUAUCCCAGAAGCAUUGCUGGGGAAUGGCCCCAGCGAAGGUGGUGAGAGUUUUGGUGGGGACUGGCACCAGAGAAGGAUGCAUAUAUCUGUACAUUUCUUUUGUCAUAUUAGAAUCCAGGCAUAUUUUUAAAAUUCACUUCAAGUUUUAGAACCUGAUCUUAUAGUCAUUCUGUCCCAUUGCCUUCAGUGGCAGUUUUGCUUAAGGUGAAGACUGCACAACUUGCCCUCUUUGAUAUUAUUUUAAUGUGUUCUUCUACCCAAAUUGUGUGAUUAUCUGCCUUAAAAGGAGACCUACGUUUUUAUAGGUGUUUGUACAGUUAUUGCACUGUGCGUUUUAUUUAAAAAUCAAGCCGAGGCAGUUUUGGGACAAAUGAAAAAAAGUUGGUAUGACCCUUUACAGUGUAAAGUUUACACGACUGCUUUUGUUUUAUUUUUGUUUUUUUCACAACGUAGGGCCAGCUCCUCUGUUGGUGUGAAUUAACAUAGCUCCACUGACCUCAGUGAAGUUCCACCAUUUCAAAAUCAGCAGAGAAUUUGGCCCAGAGUGCCUCCUGACCUCUGAUAUGAGCAAAGCAAGAGCCUGCACAGUGCCAUCUUAGGUGUGCAAUAGGAUGAGGCAUCUGCCAUAUUAGCCACAGGGCUCUUCUCGUGCAUGCUGAGCCCCACCGAAAUCCAGAUCCUUGCAGAAUCAGGGUGUUAGUUGGGAACGUUCCUCCAUUGCAGUGAAUGAAUGUAUGCAGUGUAAAACUAGUGUGUAAAUUAGAUAUAAUUAGGCCCACAGACUGUAAAUCUAAAACUGAAUGCAAUAGUACUUUUUUUUUUUUUUUUGGCCUUCUUUUCUUUUUUUCUUUUCAAGCAUUUGUGAUCUGUUCAUUUUUAACCUACCAGUGCAGUUUCAUAAAAUAACAUAGAUAUUGUGAGUAAUUUGUAUUUAUCUGGCUCUAUCCUCAUAUCCAGGAAAUGAGUGUUUUUAAAUUCACGGGUCAAGAAAUGUACAAGUUUCCGCUAACUAAACUAAUUGAUAAAACUAGAGCUUCCAAAAUAUUUGUACUUCAGAUGUAAGAGGGUUGACAUGAUUCCGAAUCGCUGUACUUCUCCGAUUUAGAUUGAUAAAAUUGUGAACAGAGUGAAUGCUCCUUCUGUGAAGGGUUUUGAAUUGACAGUUUUGUGUCCCUGUUUCUGCUAAUGGCUGCUUCCUUCCCUAUCUAUUACUGUAUUUGGUAAACAGGUAUGUAUUAAGUGACUAAAAUAUAACUAAAUAUAAUAUAUCAGAAA